AUGGCCGCCGUCACCAACGUCUCCAACGACCUCGUCUGGUUGCUCACCCGCAACAGCAACUCCUUCCUCGUCAAGGGCCGUGGCGCUGAUAGACCCCAACUCUCCCGUGACCCUCUGAACCUACAGAACCAGCACUCUUACAAGUACGCUGGUUACGCCAACUCCAAGGCAAUUGGUGUUCAGGGCACCGAGAACGGCGGCGUUACUGUCACCACUAAGAAGACCAGCGCUCCCCAGCAGCCCGCUAAGACCUUCGUUAACGUGAACUACGGCCCCAAGACCUCCACCCGCAAGAUCUACAAGGGUGUUGCCGACGUCACCGCUAAGAACAACUACCGUGGUGACAUCCGUGAGGACGCUGUUACCCGUGUCAGCGCCAUCCGCCGCUCGCAGAAGCCCAAGAAGGAGACCCCUGCCAGGAAGCCCCGGGGUGCUCAGGCCAAGAAGGCCGCCGCUGAGAAGUCGGAGUAA